AUGACUAUCUACGUCUUAUUUUCUUUAUCUGUUUCAGUUCAUUGCUCCAAUGCAUCUCGCCUUACCCCCAUUCUGUCUCUCUCUCCAUUUCCUCUUUUGUAUAGUCUAUUUUUUAAGUAUUUUCUUUUACGUCGCUUAACGAACGUCUUUGUUUGCCCGUCUUCGCUCACACUGUCCUCUUUUUCUUUUCUCUCUCUCUCUCUCUCUCUCCAUAAUCAGACCAUGUCAUUUGCAAUAGAUCCACCCUCGUCCAAGCGAAUGGGAGAUGAUAGUCUUACCUCUUCAUCAAAACGAACAGAUCGAAGAGACAGGGAUUAUGAAGCUUCAACAUUCCAGUUUGAGUCUGAAGGAGAUCAAUUGUGUGAAAAGAUGGAAAAGUGCAAGACUGGGUCACAUAUUCUUCCUUCUCAGCCAGCUCCCUGCUUUAAGGGAACAGCUGUUGUAAAUGGUGAAUUCAAAGAAAUUAGCCUUAAAGACUACAAAGGCAAAUAUGUGGUCCUUUUUUUCUACCCAUUAGACUUUACCUUUGUAUGUCCAACAGAAAUUAUUGCCUUCAGUGAUCGUGUAGAAGAAUUCCAAAAAAUUGGAUGUGAAGUGGUAGCUUGUUCUACAGACAGCCAUUUCUCUCAUCUAGCAUGGAUAAACACUCCCAGAAAACAAGGAGGCUUGGGUGAAAUGAACAUUCCUUUGUUAGCAGACAAGAACUGUGAAAUUGCCAGGCAAUAUGGCUGUCUGAAAGAGGAAGAUGGAAUUGCAUUCAGAGGCCUCUACAUUAUUGAUGGUAAAGGCAUUCUAAGACAAAUAACUAUUAAUGACCUUCCUGUUGGGCGCUCUGUGGAUGAGACUCUUCGCUUAGUACAAGCAUUCCAGUACACUGACAAACAUGGUGAAGUAUGUCCAGCUGGGUGGAAACCAGGCAGCAGUACCAUGAAACCUGAUCCAAAACAAAGCCAAGAAUAUUUUAGAAGUGCCAAUUAA